UGUCCCCCACCGCGCGCGCUCCGCCCGCCCCGGAGCCUCGCCCUCCGCCACGAUGAGCAAAUGAGCGCGAGCGAGGGCAUGAAAUUUAAAUUCCACUCAGGGGAGAAAGUGCUGUGCUUCGAGCCUGACCCCACCAAGGCGCGAGUGCUGUACGAUGCCAAGAUUGUGGAUGUUGUUGUUGGGAAAGACGAAAAAGGCAGAAAGAUCCCAGAAUAUCUGAUCCAUUUUAAUGGUUGGAACAGAAGCUGGGAUAGGUGGGCAGCUGAAGAUCAUGUCCUCCGUGACACCGAUGAAAAUCGGAGAUUACAGCGUAAAUUGGCAAGAAAAGCUGUAGCUCGCCUAAGCACAGGAAGAAAGAAGAAGCGCUGCCGCUUGCCUGGUGUCGAUUCUGUCUUAAAAAGCGUCCCCGGUGAAGGAAAAGAUAAAAAUGAUGAGAACUCAAUAAGCACUUCCUCUGAUGACAGCAGUGAAGAAAAGGAUGAGGCAAUAAGCGAACAAAGCGAUACUGAAGAAAAGACUGAAGUGAAGGAAGAAGUGGAGCCGCACAGAAAAAAGGAGAUGGAAGAAAGAGCAAUAACUAUAGACAUCCCUGAAGUUUUAAAGAAGAAGCUGGAGGACGAUUGUUACUAUAUCAACAGGAGGAAACGGUUAGUGAAGCUUCCGUGCCAGACCAACAUCAUCACCAUUUUGGAAUCGUACGUGAAGCAUUUUGCCAUCAAUGCAGCCUUUUCAGCCAACGAGAGGCCCCGUCAUCAUCACGCCAUGGCACACACCACCAUGAAUGUGCAUUACAUCCCAGCGGAAAAGAAUGUUGACCUUUGUAAGGAGAUGGUGGAUGGCUUAAGAAUAACCUUUGAUUACACUCUCCCGUUGGUUUUGCUGUAUCCAUACGAACAAGUUCAGUAUAAAAAGGUGACUUCGUCCAAAUUUUUUCUUCCGAUUAAGGAAAGUGCCACGAACACUAGUAGGAACCAGGAGGAGCUGUCUCCAAGCCCACCUCUGUUGAAUCCAUCCACCCCGCAGUCCACGGAGAGUCAGCCGACCACGGGCGAGCCGGCCACCCCCAAAAGGCGCAAAGCCGAACCGGAGGCCUUGCAGUCCCUCAGGCGCUCCACGCGCCACUCCGCCAACAGCGACCGGCUGUCCGAGAGCAGCGCCUCGCCUCAGCCCAAGCGCCGGCAGCAGGACCCGUCCGCCAGCAUGCCCAAGCUCUUCCUGCACCUGGAGAAAAAGACCCCCGUGCACAGCAGAUCGUCCUCACCGGUUCCCGUGACCCCCAGCAAGGAAGGCAGUGCGGUGUUUGCCAGCUUCGAGGGCAGAAGAACGAACGAAAUAAAUGAGGUCCUGUCCUGGAAGCUGGUACCCGACAGUUACCCUCCAGGUGACCAGCCGCCUCCACCCUCCUACAUUUACGGGGCACAGCAUCUGCUGCGCUUGUUUGUGAAACUUCCAGAAAUCCUUGGAAAGAUGUCCUUUUCUGAAAAGAAUCUGAAGGCUUUACUGAAGCACUUUGAUCUCUUUCUGAGGUUUUUAGCAGAAUACCAUGACGACUUCUUCCCAGAGUCUGCCUAUGUCGCUGCCUGUGAGGCACACUACAGCACUAAGAAUCCCAGGGCGAUUUAUUAGCGCUCCCGUGGCUCUGCGAGAACAGCCCGCCACCGCCCAGCUUUGGGUUGCGGGUCCCCGGUAGAGAGAGAACUGGGGACGCGGUGGGAGAUGUGAUGCCCACCGCGGGGAGGCUGUAGCAGAGGCGGGCCCAGUUAUUUGAGUUGUUACAUACUUAGUUCUUUCUGUUAAGCAGUACUUCAAGCGGCGCCUGAACAGCCUGCCACACCCGGCCGUGGCCACCGGACGCCCAUCCGUGCUGGGAGGGGCGAGCGGCUAGGUCCCCAGUGAGGCGUUCGUGAGCGUGUGCCUAGGUUCGGCUGUUCAGCGGAAGCUGGCGUUAUUAAUGAUAACCACAUGUUUUAGUUCUUUGUUAGCACUAAGCAAAAUUGUUUUGCAAAACUCUCCAUGCUUACGAUGAUCCUGAGCGACUCUGUCCGAGAAAUUGGAGUUUUGCUGGAAAACUGCAAAGUGGUCCCAAAAUAUUUUACAGGGAAUUGACAUCGAAGGCAAAAGGAAAUUUGCAGCUAUACAUUUGCUUUUACAGUUCCUUUUCUGUAAACCCUUAUUUUUGGUGAUCUAAAAAAAGCGUUGCCUGACAUGUUUGAGAUUUUUACAGCUAUACUUUGUUGUGUAAUGUUAUGGUUCCCAUUCCGUAAGAUGUUAUUUUUGAUGAUCUAAAUAAAGCAGAGCCGGUCUUGUUGCAAAGAA